CUUUUUCUUCACUACUUUUGUCUUUGACCAUAAUUUAUUACAAGUUAAAAGGGUUGUUCUGAAAAUUAUCUGAGGAUCAAAGUAGUAAAUAACUGAAACCUUUCUGAGAUGCCCCAUGCAGAAUAUAUAGUACACUGUUGUCUUAUAAGACUAGAAAGUGCUGCUCAUCGUUACUUUGACUCAUAUUCAAUGCUGAUCUCUCUCUUUCUACAUAAACCCUAGUUUACAUCUUCUCUGUUCCCAAAUUCUCACUCACUCUUCAUUUCCUCUCAAUGGCUCCCCCAGGUUUCUUUAAGAUCUUCCUCUCCCAUUUCAGCUCUGAAUCCAUGGUGAUUCCAGCGUCCUAUUACGACGAGCUACCACUUGUUUUGCCCAAAACAGCGCUUCUCCAAGGAAGUGAUGGUGGAUGCUUCUGGAAAGUGGCUAUGGUUAAGAGGCGAGACGAGGUUUACUUUGGACAAGGGUGGGCUAAGUUCGUGGAGGAUAACGGACUUAGAGAUGGAGACGUGUUGACUUUCGUGUAUGACGGAUCUCGAAGUUUCACGGUCGACAUCUAUGGUGGCAGUAGAGCAUGUAAAGAGGUCAGAGCUGUUGCUCUAGUUAUAUCCGUAGAUGAUGAUGACGAUGAUGAUGAUGACAAAGAAGACACAAACACUUCUUCAGAGCCUGAGAUGGCGCAGACUGUCCCCAAUGCCAGAAACCAAGAGGAUUCCACCAUCAUUGAACCUGAGGUUGCACAGAGAGUCCCAAGAACCAGGAACAAAGGAAAAAAGAGAGUUGUUGUUCAAGAUUCUGAUGAUUCGUUCAUCUCAGAAGAUUCCGACAGCUUGAGUGACAGUUCCUACUCUCCUCCUAACGAUGACACACUCCUUGACGUGACCCCAAAAGUGACAAACUCAAGGAAGAAAGGAGAGCUCAGAUCAGUAAACUCUAAUGUUGGUUCAACAAGUAACAGCUCUGGUUCAGUGUCCAGGAAGAGACAGUCUACAAUCAAGAAUCCAGAGGUGUAUCUGGAUGAUCCCAAUAAUGUAUGUUUUGAGAUAAUCAUCAAGAACAGGAUAUACGAGCUGAACGUUCCUAAGCAAAUAGUGAAAGACUAUUGCCUGAAGUUCCAAGCUUACGUGUGCUACAUUGACAACCACGGGAAGCUAGAAGCGAGAGCAGCAACGUGGCAGGAUCAGCGUGUGACUAUCAAAAAAUGGGAGCGCAUAUGCAAGAGGAACGGACUGAAGAAAGGAGAUCGUCUCUUGUGCGAGAUCUUUCGAAAGGAAGGUCUUGUUUAUGCAGUCAAGAUCCAUGUCGUCGCCACCACCUCCUAGAUAUGAAUCUCUAAACCGUUUAUUAGUUAUGUGGUGUGAGCAAAGAGAGAUAUUUGAGUUGCUCAAAGUUUAUGGUUUCUCAGUUUGUUGUGUGCUCUCUAAGGUUUAAAGACUUUGAUGGAUCAUCUCUAUGUUUUUAGUUUUUUUUUUUUUUUUUUUUUUUUUUUUAUCUAAGAGGAGUUUGUUGUC